CACCGCCUCAGUAUCUGGUCGGUAUUUACAACCAUCUUCCGCCUCCAUCUCCCCGGCUCAUCCACUCCAUUGGAGCCAAUUUGACCUACAUUUGAAAUGAAUUUCGAUCAGAUCCUCUCUGCCAUUGGAGGCUUUGGCAGAUACCAGAAAAUUCUCUACAUAUGGAUAUGUCUACCUCAGAUCCUCCUCGCCUUCCACAUGCUGGUGAGCAUCUUCACCGGAGCCACGCCGCCCCAUCAGUGCCGCGAGGGCUCGAGUCCAGCAGCGGGGAAUCAGUCCCUGUAUUCAGCCACCCUGAACUUCAGCCUCUCCAACUCCUCCUGCUUCUCGCAGGAUGUCGUGCUGCUGGGCAACGGCACUCAGCGCGUGCCGUGCAGUGACGGAUGGGUCUACAGCAGGGAGACUUUUGAGAGCACCACCGUCACCGAGUGGGACCUGGUGUGCAGCAAAGCUGUGUUCAACAACAUUGGAUCAUCUAUCUACAUGUUUGGCCUGCUGGUGGGAUCGGUGGUGUUUGGAGCCAUGGCUGACAGGUAUGGCCGACGCUUCGUCCUGCUGCUGUCCCUCGCUCUCCAAACUGUGUUCGGUGUCGCUGUGGCUUUCGCACCCAACUUCCCGGUCUAUGUGAUUCUUCGCUUUGUAGUUGGCACAACAAUAUCUGGUGUCAUCAUCAAUGCUUUUGUACUUGGUACUGAGUGGACAUGCACCAAGAGACGCAUGCUGGCUGGUAUCAUCACCGACUAUGCCUAUGGCCUGGGUUAUAUGCUGCUAGCAGGAGUAGCAUAUCUUAUACGAGACUGGAGAAAGCUGCAACUAGCAAUAUCAGCCCCGGGCUUCCUGCUUAGCUUCUAUAUAUGGGUGCUUCCCCAUUCGGCCAGAUGGUUGUUGGCCAACAACAGGAGAGAGGAGGCCAUCGCGCUCCUUCGCAAGGCAGCGCUGGUUAAUGGUCGUCCUCUUUUGUGGUUUCUGAUUCGUUUGUGGCGUCCACAUCAGGUUGAGUGUGAGAUAUCGGUCGAGGGGAAGAGAAGUCACUCGGCUGUCGAUCUGGUACGCACGCCUCAGAUGAGGAAACGAUCGCUGAUCCUGUUCUAUGUUUGGUUUGUGAAUGUGCUGGUCUAUUAUGGUCUCUCACUGGGCGUGUCCAGGUUGGGGACAGACCUCUACCUGACCCAGUUCGUGUUCGGGCUGGUUGAGAUCCCAGCUCGUUCUCUGGUCCUCGUCGUGCUGCCCUUUAGCCGCCGACUCACUCAGAGUGGCUUUCUGGCAAUCGGAGGCCUCGCCUGUCUGCUCAUGCUUGCAGUGCCUGCAGAUCAUCCCAAUCUCCUGAGUGGUCUCGCCAUGGUAGGGAAGUUUGGCAUAGCGGCGUCGUUUGCUGUGAUCUAUGUCUACACUGCUGAGAUAUUCCCCACGGUGCUUCGGCAAACAGGAAUAGGCGUAUCCUGUAUGUUUGCAAGGAUGGGUGGUGUGCUGGCACCCAUUAUCAACAUGCUGCAUAACCACAGCCCGGCCACACCCCUCGCCAUCUUCGGCAUCUCUCCGCUUCUGGGAGCUGUCCUUGCCCUGGCCCUUCCUGAAACUGCCGACAGACCUCUUCCAGACACAGUGGAGGAUUCAGAGAACUGGGAUGUUAGGACACCUCCAACCGAGGAAAACCCAGAGAUGUGUGAAGAUGAUAGCCAAUCAGGACGCAGCACAGAGAAGCUGGAGUUAUGCAAUCUGGCAAGCCACACCUAA